AUGUCGUCGCUCCAGCAACUGUUGACGGCCGCGGCGCAGCCUUUGCCGCCCAUCGCGUCGGCGGACUUUGCGGCCCAAUUCGACCGUUUCGGCGAUUACCAGGUCGUGCUGCUAGGCGACGGUAGCCAUGGGACGUCUGAGUUCUAUGCGGCACGGGCAGAGAUCACAAAGCGGCUGAUCGAGCAGCACGGCUUCACGAUGGUGGCCGUCGAGGCUGACUGGCCAGAUGCGGAGGCCAUCGACCGCUACGUGCGGCAUCGCCCGGGUCCCAAGGCACACAUCGGAGGAAAAGCCGGCCGUUUCGAGCCGUUCAAACGGUUUCCGACAUGGAUGUGGCGUAACCGCGAGAUGCAGGAGCUGGCCGAGUGGAUGCGCGAGUACAACGCCCGCCAGCCGGCGGAGAAGCGCGCCGGAUUCUACGGGCUGGACCUGUACAGCAUGGGUGCGUCGAUCCGCGCCGUUAUCGACUACCUCGACCGUGUUGAUCCGGAGGCCGGCAAGCUGGCUCGCCGCCGGUACGGUUGCCUAGAGCCCUGGGUGGAGGACCCAGCCUCGUACGGGCUGGCCUCACUGCGCGGGAUGGAAAAUUGUGAGACCCGCGUGCUGCACAUGCUGCAGGACCUGCUCGCGAAGCGGAUGGAGUACCCCCGCCACGACGCGCACGACGGUGAAGAGUUCCAUAGUGGCGAGCAGAACGCCCAUGUGGUCCGCGAUGCCGAGCAGUACUACAAGGCCAUGUACUACAGCUCGGCCUCGUCUUGGACGCUGCGUGACACGCACAUGUUCGAGACGCUGCGUCGGAUCUUCCAGCACAAGCCAGCGGGCUCCAAGGCCGUCGUCUGGGCGCACAACUCGCACUGCGGUGACGCCCGAGCCACCAGCAUGGGAACCCGCCGCAACGAGGUCAACAUCGGCCAGCUGUGCCGUGAGGGAUUCGGUCGCGACAACGUUGCCAUCAUCGGCUGCGGAACACACACGGGCACCGUCGCCGCUGCCCACGAGUGGGACGAAGACAUGCAAGUUAUGUCCGUCAACCCCUCGCGCAGCGACAGCUGGGAGAUCCUCGCCCACAACACGGGCAUCCCCCGGUUCCUGCUCGACCUGCGAAAGGACCGGCUGGAUCCCACGCUGCGCUCUGCGCUCGCCGCGGAAAAGAACCGCCUCGAGCGCUUCAUCGGCGUCAUCUACCGACCGGACUCAGAACGCGUCUCCCACUAUUCGCAGGCUUUCCUUCACAACCAGUUCGACGCGUACGUCUGGUUCGACCGUACCGAGGCCGUCAAACCCCUCGAGGUCAUCCAGCCAGCCACGCCACUUGGAGCCGGGGAGACAUAUCCAUUUGGACUCUAG